UUCGGGCGGUUGUUCUCUCCCAGAGGAAGAAGAGGGUGUGAUCGACAUUUACCUGUCCGGUGCUACCAGGUGUUCUCGUCGUGACUACAUGUCGGUCGUCGAAUUUCAUUUGCUGUAGGACGGUAAACACUGGCUUCACUCAGGAGUAAAGCGGAGAAGGCAUUAAAGGAUGCUAAGAAGAUCCUGACUCGUGGCCCCAACAUGAGUGUGACAUCAUGGUUCCUGGUCAGCAGUUCUGGCACACGCCACCGGUUGCCACGGGAGAUGAUCUUUGUUGGCCGGGAUGAUUGCGAGUUAAUGCUGCAGUCUCGCAGUGUGGACAAACAGCAUGCUGUGAUCAACUAUGACCCAAACACUGACGAGCACAUGGUUAAGGACUUGGGCAGUUUGAACGGGACCUUUGUGAAUGACCUAAGAAUCCCUGACCAGACGUACAUCACCCUGAAGCUCUCAGACGUCAUUCGAUUCGGUUAUGAUGCUCAUGUAUAUAUCCUGGAGAAGAGUCAACAUAAGGUCCCAGAGGAAGCUCUUAAACAUGAGAAGUACACCAGCCAGCUGCAGCUCAGUAUAAAAGCCCUGGAGGCCAAGGCGAAAGAAAAACAGCAGCUCCAGAGCUCAGAGAGGAGCAAAGACUCUCUUUCCAAUAUCAAACUGCAGGACAGGGCUGAGCGCAGAGCCCACUCACUCACAGCUGGCAUAGAUUCUCCAAUAUCCAAGCCUACUCCUCUGUACGGCCAACCGUCGUGGUGGGGGGAGGAUGAUGAUCCUGCCAACAAAAAGGUGGAAAGAGGUGGAAAAUCGCCAGAACAGGAGUCUCCAGAGCCUGGUAGAGAUGGGUCCAAAUAUGCGACCAACGGUUCUCUGUCCGACAGUCAGGCCAAGUCUAUCUUCUCCUACCGCCGGGAGCCCAGCUACUUUGAGAUCCCAACAAAGGAGAGCCUGCAGCGACCGGCCAAAAAGCCUGAAUCGCAAGUUCACGAGGUUCCCACAAAGGAUACCCCCGAUCCCACUCAAUGUGUCCCCUCCACCCCUACACCUCCUGUGGUCCAAAGCCACGCCUCCUUCACCAUUGAGUUUGAUGAAUGCACACCAGGUAAAAUGAAGAUCAAAGACCAUGUGACCAAGUUUUCAUUCCGCCAGCAGCGAAAGCUACCCUCCACAGAAGCUGUUACCACACCCACUGAGGUGAUGUCACCAGAAAACAAAGUUGCUGAUUGGCUGGUCCAAAGCAAUGCUAGCAUGAUUAGGAGGAGGUCACAGGCUGAAGACAUGUACAGUACAAACAGUGACCCAUCAUUUCUGAAAACCACCAAGGGUGAUGAAGAUGGCACUCACAGUGAUUCAGGGGAUCCUGCAAUCAAUGGAAAGGAUUGUCUGCAAUCAGAACUUCAGAUUGGGUCCCAGGUGUCUCCACAACCCCUUAGAACCCCCCCACAACGCUUCACCUCCCCUGACUCUGAGGAGCCCUUGUCCUACUCUCCUCCAGAGUCGCAGUCCCUUUCCAGUCUUGGCAAGGCUGAGCCUCACCAGGCCUUUGUCAUUGAAUUCUUUGAUGAUAACCAUAGAAAGAAGCGCUCCCAGUCCUUUACCAAUAACACUACCCCGCCUGAGCCCUCAGGCCUCAGAGUCCAGCUGGAAAAGACAAGGAAGACCUCAAGCCCAACAGGGGAGAGACAAACCCCAUUUUCAGCCUCUUCCACUCCCCCAACCCAACGAUACACUGUCCCCCUGAAGGGCCCUGCUUCCACAGGUCCCCAAAGAGCUGGCUCUCUACGAAGGGAGAAGACAGAGGACCGAAUCAGCACCAGUUUUUCCUCCCGCUCUUCAUCUUCUGCCUCUGUAAGACCCUUUAGCAGUGUGGGCCGGAGAUCCAAACUCGCCCUGGAAUUUACCGCUGAAUUUCUCAAACAAACAAAGCAGGCCUCUUCUGCCAGCUGGGAGAAAAAUACAUCUAGUUCCCCUAUAGCAGCUAAAACAGAGGCAGUGGUAAGAUCACUGUCUAGUCCCCCUCCUUCCAAUGCUCCCUACCAGCCCCAGACUUCCUCUCCUGUCAACAAGCCUGUUCCCCUCAAGGCGCCUGUGAUGCCCCUGGUAUCUCAUGGCGUGGAAGUCAAGAGCCCCGUUAUCGGCCCCAGGAAUGAAGAAGAGGACAGUCUGAGUGAUGCAGGAACCUACACCAUUGAAGCAGAUGUCCAAGAUAAAGAUCUGGAAGAGGCACGGAGCAAGAUUGACCAGGUGUUUGGUGUUGUUCAGAGCCCAGAGCGAACCGACCAGAGUGAAGCAGAAACAUCAUCAGCAUUUAGGCCUGUUAUUGAUCAGGGCAGGGAGCAGCAUAGGCAGAGUAGCAGUGGGCAGGUGAGGCCAGCUCCAGUGCAGGGACAGAGUCUGGUGAAGGUUCAGCCAGCAGGUGCAGUGUUACAGGGGGCUCCUAAGUGGAUGUCUUGCUGGGCCAGCUUGGCAGACAGCUACACAGAAUCUGGUCCCUCAUCUGGCCUCUUUGACAUCCCUUCCCAGAUGGAGCUGUCAGGAGGGGCACAAGGUACAAUCAUCCACAAGGCCACGCUCAGCCGUAACCAUGACGGUACAGACUCGAGAGCUCGACGCAUCCUGCCCCAGCUACCAGUGGGGGAGAAGAGUGACAUUCCAACUCCCAGCAUUCAUGUUCAUUAUGACCUGCAUUCAACAUUUGAUGUAGCAGAGAAUAGCUUGGAAGCCCCCAGGUCUCAGGAUGGUGUUCACAGGUUGUCAGUGCAGGAUGAUGUAGAGCCUGACAGCUUGAGUGAUGCCAGCAAAUCUGAUGAUGGGUCCAUCAUAGAACAGAGGAGUAGACCGCUGUCAGAUACAGAAGAGAAGGAAAAUGAGGAGACCAUGUUCCCAGCCAAGUCUGCUUCAUUCUACAUCGAGUCAGAGGAGGCUGAGUCCAAACCAGAAUGCGGAGGCUCAAAAUCCAGCACACCUAAGACUGAGAGAAAACAAAAAACUUUCUCAACAGCCACCCUGACCAGACCGAGGAGUAACCAGGACCCUGGAAAAGUCAAGCCCAGUGCGUCAGCUCCUAUCUUGGGCCAGAGGACACAGAGUCCAGAGUCCAAAGAGGGCGCAGUGUCUCCAUUAAUUAGACAAGAGAGCUUCACCAAGGACCAGCCUAGCAAUGCCAGAUUGCCCAACAUCUCUAGCCAGCCGGCUCAAAAGGACCCAGACCCUGAAUUAUUCCAGGGAGUUUGCAAUCAGGACACUCACUCUUACCUCAAAGAGACAGAAGAUGUUCUGGCUGUUCUGGAGGCCAAACUCCAAGCAGGACCACCAGAAACCACUCCGUCUCCACUAAUGGACUCUCUUUCUGGGGAGUCUGAUGUAGAUACCUCCAGCACAGUCAGCCAGCACAGCAGUAAGACCAAGUCAAACACAGUGACGAAAAAACCCUCUGCCAGUGGCCUCCAUAGGGAAAGGUCUUCAGCUAGUAUAGCUAGUCAGGACUCAAAUCACCAGUCCGUGUCAUCAGAAAAGCGCCGCUUUCAGAGAGCAGAUAGCAGCAAUAAGUCUGAAUCUGUCAGGAGGCAAGUUGGACUGAGACGUAGUGUUGGGAAAUGUGGUUCCACAGACCUAAGUGACGACCCUCACAGCUUACCUUACUCUGAUCAGGAGUCUAACACCUACCAAACCCGCAGGAAAUACACUGUGCCCCUUCAGAAGGAGGAAACCAAGACCCCCAGAGUGCUCCAGGCCUUGAAUCGUGCCAACAGCUUGUCAGCUCCAAGACCCACCAGGGCAUCCAUGCUACGUCGUGCUCGCCUGGGAGAGGCCUCAGACAACGAGGGCACGGAGACAGACAGGCUGUCACAAGAGGCGGGCAAUAUUUCAGCCAAGCAGCCUCAGGAAACCAAGAAACUCUCCAGGCUGGAUAUGCUGGCGAUGCCUCGUAAGCGGACAAGCUCGUUUAACACACCAAGCGACACUGAGGCGUCCUCCACCCCACAGUGGACGGGCAGGAGCACAGGAUUCUCCAACCGCAGCACAGAGUACGGCGGCAGCUCUGUUCGAAGGGCCUCUGCUCCGGCGUCGAAACCUGUAGAAAGGCAGCAGAAGGCAGUGCUCAACAAGACCCCAGUCACCCGCGGACGUUCAAGCAGUGCCAAAUAUGCCAGCAGCACAGCAAGCUCCAGGAGGCGACAGAAAGGCUCUGACUAUACCUCUACCUCAGAUGAGGAGUACGACUCAAACCAGAGCACUCCUAAACACAAACGCUCCCAACCUUCCUCAGCUUCCCACAGCCCACGCAGUCAGCCUCGGCCACAGCCGGUGGUCACCCUGCGGGCAAAGCCCCGCAGCAGAGAUUCUGAGGAGGAGAACCAAGAGGGAGACGCCCUCCAAAACUGGUCCACUCACAGUGCUGAGAUUGCACGGUUGAGUCAAGACCUGGCUAAAGACCUAGCUAUUUUGGCCAGAGAGAUCCAUGACGUGGCAGGUGACGGUGAUCCACAGAACCCUGGAGUGGAGAGCGACGCACCUAUCUCCACAGUGACCACUCAUGAACAGCUCGUUCAGCAUAUUCCAGAGGCUGGAUUAAACUAUCAGAGAGUCCCACCAAGUUCUGCAUCUACAAGGGAGCCUGACCAGAGCCCAAGUGACCAUGAACAGAAUUCCAGGCAGCAAGCUCGGAGCAGAGACGAGGUCGUUGUGGACAACCUGAUGCUGAAUCCAGUGUCUCAGAUCAUCAUGGCCAUCAGAGAAAACACAGAGCAACUUGCUGACAAAAUUAAGGUUCUGUUCCAGGACAGGGUGGAUAUCUGGGAUGAAAUUGAGGCAAAGGUUAAUUCUGACAAUGAUGUCCCUGUUGUCAAAACCUCCAACAAGGAAAUCAUGUCUAUCUUGAAAGAACUUAGGAGAGUUCAACGACAACUUGAGGUCAUUAACACAGUCAUGGAGCCCAGUGAGCAGCUUGAAGCGUCCAAGGCCUCAGCCUCUGCCAUCACGUCCUCGUCUGGAGUUCAGACCUCUAGACCUUCUUCCUCGCGAGACUGGAGAACCGUCCACUCUGUGUCUAAACGAGGUGGUGGCCCGAGGCCCGGUGACGGUGUCAGGAGAGCAGCUGUGACACCAGACGAUCUCAGAAAAGGAUAUUUGGUCUGAGAUCUGAUGCAAACACAAAGUGCUGAACUUCUGCUGUUUCACCACACAUGCAGGUGUCGGACCAUUGUGUGCAGAUUGAAACCAAGAGGGUGGAAGUGAGACUGGAUACUCAGAACUGUACCCCCCUGCACAUUCAAGCAUACACACUACUGCACUAUGAGCACUACACACCUACACUGUGCUGUAAUACACAAUGAAGCCUGCACUAAAGGCCCUUAAAAUACAUUCAGUGGCAGGGCCACCUGUCUGUGAUGAUUUGAGGAAGUACCAUAAUACCCCCCUUCACCUGUGAAAGGCCUCAAAACUAUACUUGAUUCUGUGUGUUGGGGAUUGUACUCAUUAUUUACCAUUGAUAUGACCAAUUUUGCUGAUUUUAAAAGCUCAUUGUCAUUAUUUGGUUUAAUUGAAAACCAACCUGAGCUUAAUCAACUCAGGGAAAUUUAUUAACAAAUCAAAUAUUUGUGUUUAGUGACAAAUAAAAUAUUUGUUCUAUUCAGAAAAAAAGGCACACAGAUGUUGGUGUACUGUGUGUUUGUUUCCUCAGUAAACCCACUGCAUUUCCUUAUAUAUAUUUUUUUCCUUGGUUUUGUCUUUGUUGUUUGCCACUUUUCUCUUUGUGAACCAGAUUCAUGGACGAAUGUAAAAAGUAUUUAUUAGGGGUCUUUUGUGAGACACUGGGUAUUUUGUGUCCGAGACAACAUAGCUUUGGGAGAGAGCUGGUAGACUCUAGUGCCAGACCAAUUCAUAUUACAUUACACAGUCGCUACCAGCCAAUAUCUUGUGUAUUUAUUCACAUAUUUCCCAGUGGACCAACUGUGUCCAGGUCUUCUAUCUAUUUUGCGCAGCUGGAGGUGAAAAUCCCUCAGGAAUGUGUGUCCAAAUGGAAGUUGUGGCUGAGUCCGUGGUUUAGUCACCUGGCAACCACAAACUCAAGUGGCUAUAAAACACUAGUAGCCAGUUUUCAAGCGUUCCUGUGCUUCUACCUUCUGGGAAGUGCAUUCUUAUUUGUGUUAAACACAGUAUGGGGCUUGAAACUUGUUUUUUUGAUGUGUUGUCCUCCAUGCCUGAAGAGCACAGUUAUCUCUGAGGGUUUGACAAUCAUAAAAAAGACUGACGGGAAUAAGUCUCCUUUAUCGGUGUUGUACUGAGCUCAUCACACAACACUAAAACCUCCAUAUGUUGGUGUUAAACACUAAGAGCUGGUAUAAGAUGUGAUAUUUCCUCAGUCUGUCCAGUCACAAGGUCCUCACAUGACAGGAGAAGUAAUGUCAUUUUUUUUUUUAGCAUAUAUGUUGAGAAAUUGUGUGAAACUGUAAAUCUGACUGUUAGUUUGUGACACUCUGUUCACUAUGUAAAUAUCUAAAGAUAUCUAUAUGUCCUACAAAUUACCUCUCAAUCUUGUCUUUUGCACUAAUGUAGUACAGCAAUGUCCCCUCGACCUGAUAUGCUGCAAAACUGAAAGCCUUUACAGAUUGUAAGCAUUUGAUGCUGUCGGAGUUGAAGCAGGAAAAAAGGCAGUACCAGUAAACCAGCAAGUUCCCAGUGCAGACUGUACAUGUGAUUGUAAUUGGGAAGUACCUAUAAGUGCCACAGAGCUGUGUGGGGAUAAUGUUUCAUGCAGCCAAGCACAGUGGUUGUUUACAAACUCAAGCGAAAACUGAAUGUUUGUUCUUUCUUGCUCAAAGUAUUGCUGCUACUUAUCAUCUUUGGGAUAGUAUUUUCCCUUUGCUUUAUUCCAUCUAAGCCACAGAAAGUCAGAGUUAAAGUUGAACUCUUGUGUGUCAAAUUUCUGUCCCAUUUUUAAGAUUCAGUUUCUGUCCCCCCCCCCCCACACACACACACACCCAGAAUGUUUGUGUAAUUUGUUAG